GCGGGCGCCGCCUCUCCCCGCCCCGCACCUCACCGGGCGGGCGGCGGGACCCCGGACUAUUUUCUGCAGCGGAAGUCUCUGGAGUGGGUGGGUGCAAGGGCACUUGUUGCCAGUGCCGGGUCGCCCCUCAGGAGGGGCGGGCGGCGGGCGCGGGGCUCGCCCGGCUCAGUCUCGGCCCAUCCGGCCCCGCUCAGGUGCGACGCCUCGGCGGGGACUGUGCAAACUUCCAGCCCGGGCACGCCGUGAGCGCCUGGAGGGGCUGAGGGAAGCAGCAGGGACCGACGCGGAGCGGGCAGCGCCGGCCGCUAUCGCGGGGCUCGGCGCCCUCAGCGCCCCGUCGUGCCGGGGGAAGGAGCCCGUGAAGGGGUCGCAGCGUGCCCUGCCCGCCCCGAGUGACGGCGGGCCCUCCUCUUCCUCCGGCGGCGGUGCCGGGGCCAUGGGGCGCACAGGGGCGCUGCUGCUGCUGCUCCUCUGGCUGGGCGCGGAGCUGGCGAGUGCGGGUGGAAAGAAGUCCUACAGUGGGCCAUGUGGGGGCCGUGACUGCAGUGCAGGAUGCAAAUGUUUUCCAGAGAAGGGCGCACGGGGUCGACCAGGACCAAUCGGGCUUCAAGGACCAAUAGGAGCACCUGGAUUUACUGGCCCAGAAGGUUUGGCUGGAGCAAAAGGUGAGAAAGGAGCAGUGGGCCCUCCUGGACCAGCUGGGCAGAAAGGUGACAAGGGUCCAAUGGGAGUUCCAGGAUUUCAGGGCAUCAGUGGGAUCCCAGGUCACCCUGGGCAGCCUGGACCCAGAGGCCAGCCUGGCCUCGAUGGCUGCAAUGGCACCGCUGGCACUCGUGGCAUUUCUGGACCAGAUGGGUUUCCUGGCCUGCCUGGCCUGCCUGGUCGUCCUGGCCCAAAAGGCCUUAAAGGAGAACCUGUUUUUGCUCAAGGCAGUCUUAAAGGAAUGAAGGGUGAAAAUGGUCUUCCUGGAUUGGAUGGAGUUCCUGGCCCAAAAGGUUUUCCAGGUCCAGCAGGUCCUGCAGGUCCUAUAGGAUUGCCAGGCUUGCAGGGUCCAGUGGGUCCUCCUGGGCCACCAGGUCCAAAAGGUAACAUGGGAUUAGGCUUUCAAGGAGAGAAAGGAGAAAAGGGCGAUGUGGGGCUGCCUGGGCCUCCAGGUCCCCCACCAUCCACUGGAAUUCUGGAAUUCAUGGGAUUUCCAAAGGGAAAGCAAGGAGAAAAGGGUGAGCCAGGUCCUCGAGGAUUCCCUGGAGACCAAGGACUGCCUGGCAUCCCAGGCUUUGGAGGUGUUGGAGAAAAAGGAGAAAAAGGUGUGCCUGGCUUACCGGGUGGCAGGGGUCUUUUGGGACUGGAUGGAUCUGAAGGAAUCCCAGGCAGAAAGGGCCAUCCCGGUGUCCCAGGCUAUCCAGGACUGGAUGGAGCUGAAGGCAUGAAGGGUGAAUUAGGUGACAUCGGCCCCCCAGGUCCUCCUGUCAUUAUUGACAGGGAAGGUGUAGUCAUUUCAGGUGCCCCAGGUGACCCUGGAAACCCAGGAGUACCUGGUCCUCCAGGAGAUGAGGGGUUCAUUGGUUUGCCAGGCCUCCCAGGGGCCCCGGGGUUCCCAGGGCUGGAGAGAGAUGGAAUGGGCCCUGGAGGCUCUCCAGGUAGCCCAGGACUGAAAGGUGAAGUGGGAGAACCAGGAAGAGCAACACUUGGAAUCCCAGGCCCUCCUGGCAGAGGGGGAUUACCAGGCCUGCCAGGACCACCAGGAUUGCCUGGUUCACCACGCCCUUCCUUCUUCCCAGUGAUCCUAAAUGGAAGGACUGGGGCCCCGGGGGAGCCUGGGCCAAGAGGGCUGCCAGGAGCUUUGGGUCCAAAGGGCUACAAAGGAGAGGCAGGUGAUUGUGCUUGUGAUGGAGGAGUUACAAGAGCUGGUCCAAAAGGCAUCCCGGGUCCCCCAGGUCCCUCAGGAGGCCCUGGUGUCCCUGGUGCCAAGGGCACUGGGGGAGACCCAGGCUCUGUGGGAGCACCAGGACUGCGAGGCCCCCCGGCUUCAGCUGGUCAGCAAGGACUGCCAGGCCUCAAGGGAGAGAAGGGGGAGCCGUCCUAUGGCACGGUGAAGGGCGCGCGCGGGGACCGCGGCACGGCCGCGCCCAGAGGAGCCGCGGGCAUCCCCGGAGCCCCGGGCAGGGAUGGGCUCCCGGGCCUGCCAGGACCACCAGGCCCUCCUGGUGAUGGUGGACUGGGUUUCCCAGGUGAAAAAGGUCUGCCAGGAUUGCCUGGCUCCAAGGGCCAUCGAGGAGAACCUGGUUCUCCUGGCAUUGGGUACCCAGGUCCCAGUGGAGUUCGUGGAGCACCAGGUGACACUGGAAUGGACGGGCUUCCAGGACAAGCAGGGCUCCCAGGCCCUCCAGGUGUCACCCUGCCCUGCGUUGUCCCUGGAGCGUACGGGCCCCCGGGGAUCCCCGGCUUUCCAGGACUGCCAGGUCCCAAAGGCAGCAAAGGGUUUUCUGGCAUUCCAGGCCAACCUGGUUUACACGGGUCUAAAGGACUGCCAGGGUCUCCAGGAAUAAUAGGCUUGCAAGGGGAACCUGGUUUCCCUGGACCUCGAGGAGAGCAGGGCUCACAGGGGCUUCCAGGACUGGAUGGAACAGAUGGUUUGCCUGGGAAAAUGGGUCCUGCAGGCUUAGCUGGAAUAAAAGGAUCUCCUGGAGAUGUGUUUGGUGCUGAGAGUGGAGCCCUGGGAGAGCAUGGCCGACCUGGACUUCCAGGUGAUAAAGGGCUCACAGGUGAUGUUGGAUUUCCAGGACCAAAAGGGCUGGAUGGAAGACCAGGCCUGCUGGGUGUUAAAGGUGAACAGGGCCAGCCAGGACACUCGGGUGUCCCCGGGCUGCGGGGACCUCCUGGCCCUGGAGGUCCUUUUGGCAUCCAGGGCAAAGCAGGGCCCCUGGGGCCAGCUGGCCUGGCAGGAGCACCAGGACCUCCUGGAGCCAAAGGCGUGGCUGGGGAUGUAGGACCACAGGGCCCUGCUGGUAUGAAAGGCUUCCCAGGUCUUGAUGGAGCUCCAGGAUCUCCUGGGGAAAGAGGAUUCCUAGGCCCACCUGGGCCUUUUGGUCAAGAUGGACAUCCAGGUUUCUCUGGGCCCAAAGGUGAGAAGGGGUCUUCUGGCCUGCUUGGUUUCCCUGGCAUGCCAGGACUGCCUGGUGUCCCUGGGGUGAACGGGCUUAAAGGAACUCCUGGCACAGCUGGAGGAAAAGGAGGUCCAGGAGCUGUGGGACUUCAAGGUCAAAAAGGUGACAGAGGUGAUAUAGGUCCUCCAGGUCUUCCUGUUCUUGGGACUUCAGAACAGGCACUGCAAAUCAAAGGAGACAAAGGAGAUCCUGGAUUAGCUGGACUUGGAGGAUUCCCAGGCCCUAGAGGUGGUAAAGGAAUGCCAGGAGGCCGUGGCCAGCCUGGUGUCCCUGGCCCAGCUGGGUCACCAAGCAAAGAGAGAGGCCCUCAUGGUGACCCAGGCUUCCCUGGUCCCCCUGGAGCCCCUGGCCUGCCAGGACAGAAGGGUGCACAUGGUAUCAUGGGAUUUCCAGGAAUGCCAGGAGAGAGGGGUUCAGAUGGCACCACAGGAGCACUCGGAUUCCCAGGACCUAUUGGCCUUCCUGGUCCAAAGGGUGAACAGGGAGAGUCUCUUGGUGUUCCUGGCAUUGCUGGACCAAAAGGAGACAGAGGAGACCCAGGGUUUCCAGGAGAGAGAGGGAGAGAAGGAGCCAAGGGUGAACCGGGCUACCCAGGAACCACGGGGGUGAAUGGAGCCAAAGGCAGCCCAGGAGAUCUUGGCCCAGAAGGACCAGCAGGAGUCCCUGGAAAUGCUGGGCUGAGAGGAGCCCCUGGCCCACCAGGACCCCCGGGACAGCCAGGAUCUGUGGGAUUCCCUGGAGCUCGUGGAGCAGCAGGACCUAAAGGCUUCCAUGGAUUUCCAGGUCUGAAUGGUCUCAAUGGUUUGCCAGGCACAAAAGGCUCUCCUGGAACACCAGGUCUGAGUGAGGCUGGGCUGAAAGGACCUGCAGGUCUCCCAGGCACAAAGGGUGAGGAAGGCUCUCCAGGCUUGGGAAGAGGAGCUGCAGGAUUCCCUGGACCAAAGGGCUCAGCAGGAGACAUAGGUCCCCCUGGUCCUGUGGGACUGCCUGGCCUGCCAGGAACACCUGGAGUUUCUGUUCCAUCCGAUAUCCGUGGGAGGCCUGGAGAUGCUGGUGUUCCAGGCACUGAUGGCAGCUCAGGUUUUCCAGGACCUCCAGGACCACGAGGGCCCCCCGGCCCAGCCUCUGACCAGGGGGACACAGGCACUGCAGGUUUCCCUGGUGUCCCUGGCCUGCGAGGCCUGAAGGGUGACGUGGGGCCCCCUGGUGCAGUUGGACUCCCUGGAGCAUCUGGAUUCAAAGGUGCAAGAGGUGAGCCUGGCCUAAUGGGGAUGCCAGGCAAGGAUGGGCCUCCAGGGGAUCCUGGUUAUGCUGGGCUGAAAGGUGAAAUGGGCCAUCGAGGUCCCCCUGGCAGACCAGGGGCUCCAGGAAUAACCCCCCAGCCAGAAGAAGUCACAGCCCCUGCAGGAUUGCCUGGCCUGCCAGGAAUUGAUGGAGUUCCUGGCUUUGAUGGAGAUCCUGGAUUCCAUGGCCCAGCUGGAAAACCAGGCCCAAAAGGUUUGCCAGGAAGGUCUGGUUUGAAGGGACGUGAUGGCUUACCUGGAACUCCUGGCUCACCUGGGGAUCCAGGGCUUUCAGGUGCCCCAGGACCACAGGGAUUUGAAGGCGUGGCGGGGAAGCCGGGCUCCCCCGGCGUGCCGGGGAUGCCCGCGCGCAGCGUGGGCGUUGGCUACACCCUGGUGAAGCACAGCCAGUCCGAGCAGGUGCCCCCCUGCCCCGUGGGCAUGAGCAAACUCUGGGAUGGCUACAGCCUGCUGUACGUGGAGGGGCAGGAGAAGGCCCACAACCAGGACCUCGGUUUUGCUGGCUCGUGUUUGCCUCGCUUCAGCACCAUGCCUUUUAUUUACUGCAACAUCAACGAGGUGUGCUACUACGCCAGCCGCAAUGACAAGUCCUACUGGCUGUCCACCACUGCCCCCAUCCCCAUGAUGCCCGUGGACAGCCUGCAGAUCCCGCAGUACAUCAGCAGGUGCUCCGUGUGCGAGGCCCCUUCCCAGGCCGUGGCUGUGCACAGCCAGGACAUCACCAUCCCACAGUGUCCCCUGGGCUGGCGCAGCCUGUGGAUAGGAUACUCCUUCCUCAUGCACACGGCGGCCGGGGCGGAGGGCGGCGGCCAGUCCCUGGUGUCACCCGGGUCGUGCCUGGAGGAUUUCAGAGCCACUCCCUUCAUCGAGUGCAACGGCGCCCGCGGGACGUGCCACUACUUCGCCAACAAGUUCAGCUUCUGGCUGAGCACGGUGGAGCAGCAGCAGCAGUUCCUCAGCGCCCCUCCCUCCGAGACGCUGAAGGCGGGGCAGCUCCGCACCCGCGUCAGCCGCUGCCAGGUGUGCAUGAAGAACCUGUAGGGACAGGAGGGCAGCCAGGGGGGCGAGCUCUGCACCCCGGCUUAGACAUCACGGACUGGAGAGGGGAGAUCCACAAACCUGCUCUGUGUGUGUUUGAUGGGUGAACAGAGAGCCAGAACUCUGCAACAAUCAAGUUUCAAGGCCAGGAGUUUGUGGUUUGUGCACAGAGGAGGGAAAGAUCAGUGUUCUGAAGCCCUUUUUUAAGUGAAACAUGGUGCUGUUUUUACUUCAAUUUUUUUUUCCCCUCCUUUAUGGCUACCUCAGAAAGUCUCAGUGAGUUCCUUGCUCAGACUGAAGAGCAGCUGACACCUCGUACCCCUCCUGUGUCCGAGGCACAUCCAGAGCCUGCCAAAGCCGGGCUCAAUUAGUGACUCUGCAAACAGUGUUUGGUGCCAGGGAGUGCAGACUCCUCCUCCUGUGAAACACAGAACUAGCUAAAAUUAAUCAGAAUGUGCUGGGUGACUCGGAAAUAAUAUGCACUAAUGGUUGAGAAUGGAUUUUCUUAGAAAAAUUGAAAAAUGAAUGUGUUGCUUUGCUUAUUACACAGAUGGAAUAUUCUUUCCUCCAGUGACAGGUAACCAGUUCUAAUCCAGACUGAUAUCCACAGCUGGCCCUAAAGAGCUAUACCAAUAAAAAAAACGCAGUUUUUCAUGUGAAGAUAAAUCCAAACCACCUCUACCACUUUUCAUUGCUUUCCAUUGAAAUAUAUUCCAGGUCUGUCAGCUUCGAGCUCUGUGCUUCUCUCCUUGCAGCCACACUUUAUUAGCCAACAUUUUAUCACUGUGAACAUAAAUUUCCUUUCUGAGGCAGCUUUGGCACACUUAUUUUGUAAUUAUUCGAGCUGUGUGUGUUUGGAAAGUAGAGCCUUUACACACAAAGCUUGUGCAGAUACAGGAGUAAGCAGGUAUGGGAUGCACAUUUUUUACUCCUGCAGUCACCAUGUGUUGUACACUGCUUCCUCUGGCCUUCAUUGCUGUUAGCUUAAAAAAAUGUAUCUCUGCUUAUGCACUGUUAACUUUCCUUCAGGGUAAUUAAAGAGAAGUGCCACUCACUGGAUUUUCCUUGUAUGUUUUAAGGGAAACCCAUGCCAAAGGUAUGCUUGUACCUCUAAUGAAUUCAUUCAGUGGGACCAGAGUUAUUGCCAUUAACCUCUCUGGAGUGAAGCCUGUGAAAUCCUUGACAUUCUAGGACAUUUCAAACGAGUGCCUUUGAAAUGCUUUGUUUAAAAACACCUAAACCUGUGCAGCUGAUCAUGAAGAAAAUGCUAUUUUUCCUACAUAUACAAUUUCCAUUCCAUGGCUAAUAAACAUUGAAGGCAGACAA